UUCAGGUUGAAGAACUCCUUUCAGCAUUUCUUAUAAGGCACGUCUAGUGGUGAUUAACUCCCUCAGCUGUUGUUUGUUAGGAAAGUGUUUAUCUCACCUUCAUUUCUGAUGGACAACUUUGCCAGAUGAGGAAACUGGAAGCUGAGACUUUGAGGAAAUCUCCUAAGUUUACAAAUGAAUAUUACUUAGAGCUCACAUUCAAACUCAGGUGGGUCUGACAUCAACAUUGCAACAUGGCUUUUGCCCACAAAGGUCUUCUGCCUCUAGAUCAAGAUAUGUGGGGAUGGGCUUGUGUCUUUUAUGAUUCAGAAUAUAAAAACAUAUAUUAAUUUUUUAAUUUAUCAAAUAUUUAUUGAGUGCUGCAAUAUGACUGGCACUUUUCUAGGAGUUAAUUGUGCUAAUUGUGAAUAUUGACAUUUAUUAAGUUGUAUAACUUAUUUGCAUCUUCUAAAAGUCUGAUUUAUUUUUAACUCUUCUGUUGUUUGACAUUAGGGAUCUCAAGGGAUCCCAGUGAGUUGGUGAAAAAAUGUUGGACUUGAUCCCAAGAGAACUGUGAAUUCGUGUUUGUUUUUGUACUUGGUACUCUGGUGGUCAAGAGUCAAUUUCUAUGUCCUGGCUCUGUUUUUUUCAUUUGCAUAAUGAGAGGAAUGAAAUGUCUGAUCUCUGAGGUUCUUCUGAGUACUGAUAUUCUAAACAUCCUCAAAUAUUGUAGGUCAUUCACAAUGAUCCAUGUGAUGUCUGAAAGAAAUGCCUUUGGAUUUGUGUUUGGGAAGUAUAAGUGAGGUACAGUGAAUGAAACCUUUAAAGCACUAUGCCAAUUGUAUUAGUUUUCUAUUGCUGUAUAAUGAAGUACAACAGAUUUUGUGGCUUAGAAUAAUACGUAUUUGUUAUCUCACAGUUUCCAUGGGUUAGGAGUCUCAGCAUGGUUUAGCUGGGUCUUCUGCUCAGGGUCUCACAAGGCUGCAGUCAAGGCUAAUUCAUUUCUGGGGCUUGGUCUUUUUCUAAGCUCUGGUUGUUGGCAGAAUUCCUUUUCUUAUGGUUGUAGAAUGGAGGUCCCCAUUUUCUUUUUGGCUGUCAGCCAGGGGCAGCUCUCAGCUUCUAGAGGUUGCUGGCAGUUUCUUGCUCUGUGGCUCCCUCAUAAGCCCUUUCAAAACCUGGAAGCUUACUUCUUCAAGCCAAUGGGAAGGAGUUUGUCCCUCCUGUCUGCUAAGACUAAGUCUUAUAUAACCAUACUAUGUUGAAUAGUGUCCCCUCAAAUUCAUGUCUACCUGAAACCUUACAAAGUGACCAUAUUUAGAAAUGGGUCUUUGCAGAUAUAAUUAGUCAAGUUAACAUGAGGUCAUACUGGAGUAGAGUAGGUCCUAAGCUAAUAACUUGUCCUUGCAAGAAAAUAGAGGCAUACAGACAAACAGAGGGAAGACAGUCAUAUGGCAGCAGAGCCAAAGAUUGGGGUUUGGCUGCUAUAAGCCAAGGAACCCUAAGGAUUUCUGGUAACCACUGAAGCUAGAAGAGGCAAGAAAAGAGUCCUCCCCUAGAGCCUUCAGCCUACAGACACCUUGAUUGCAGACUUUUAGCCUCCAAAACUGUGAGAAAAUACAUUUCUGCUAUUUGCUGAGCCACCAAAUUUGUGGGACUUUAUUAUGGCAGCCCUAGAAAACUAAUACAAUAACAUUAUAUAAUCACAAGAAUAACAAUAUCACAUUACCAUUUCUAUAUAACAUAACCAAAUCAAGGAAUUGACUGACAUUCUAUCAUCUUUGCUGUUUCUGUUGGUUGGAAGCGAGUCACAAAUUCCUCCUACACUGAAGGGGAAAGGAUUAUACAAGGUAACUCACUGGGAUCACCUUAGGAUGUACCUGCCACAUCAAUGCAAGUUUAUCUUAUUUUGUGAGAAUGGAUCCUUCUAUUAUGUAGGAGUUGAAUUAAGCAGCCCUAUCUAACUUUCUUUACCAUUUCUAAUUAUUUUAAAAUUAUCUGAAAAGAUAUUUUAAUAAAAAGAUUCAUUGUGACUAAUAUUUUUUUAAUGAUGGCUCUUUAAAGUCUGCCACUCAAUAUUUUCUAUGCUCUUGUUUUUUUUAAAUGGAUUUGUUGAUACUUUGGCUACAAGUUGUUCUGAAGAUGAAAGUUAGUCAAUCCUUUGAAAGUAUAAAAAAGAGAAACAGAGACAUUUAUUAGCUAAACACUGCCCUCUUAAAAACAUCAUUAAUGGGGAGGACCUUCAAGAUGGCAGAGGAGUAAGACGUGGAGAUCACCUUCCUCCCCCAAAAUACCUCAAAAAUACAUCUACAUGUGGAACAACUCCUACAGAACACCUACUGAAUGCUGGCAGAAGACCUCACUCUUCCCAAAAGACAAGAAACUCCCCAUGUACCUGGGUAGGGCAAAAGAAAAAAGAAAAACAGUGACAAAAGAAUAGGGAUGGGAUCUGCACCUCUGGGAGGGAGCUGUGAAGGAGGAAAAGUUUCCACACACUCGGAUACCCCUUCACUGGUGGAGACAGGGGGUGCACAGGGGGGAAGCUUCAGAGCCACGGAGGAGAGUGCAGCAGCAGGGGUGCAGAGGGCAAAGCGGAGAGAUUCCUGCACAGACGAUCUGUUCCGACCAGCACUCACCAGCCUGAGAGGCUUGUCUGCUCAACCACUGGGGUGGGGUGGGGCUGGGAGCUGAGGCUCGGGCUUUGGAGUUCAGAUCCCAGGGAGAGGACUGGGGUUGGCUGUGUGAACGCAGCCUGAAGUGGGCUAGUGCACCACAGCUAGCCUGGAGGGAGUCCGGGAAAAAGGUUGGACCUGCCUAAGAGGCAAGAGACCAUUGUUUCGGGGUGCAUGAGGAGAGGGGAUUCAGAGCAUCGCCUAAACAAGCUCCAGAGAUGGGUCAAGCCGUGGCUAUCAGCGCGGACACCAGAGGCAGGCAUGAAACGCUAAGGCUGCUGCUGCGGCCACCAAGAAACCUGUGUGCAAGCACAGGUCACUAUCCACACCUCCCCUCCAGGGAGCCUGUGCAGCCUGCCACUGCCAGGGCCCCAUGAUCCAAGGACAACAUCCCCGGGAGAACACACGGCAUGCCUCAGGCUGUUACAAUGUCACACCAGCCUCCGCCUGCUGCAGGCUCCUUCCCCAUGGCGUGAGUGAGCCAGAGCCCCCUAAUCCGCUGCUACUUUAACCCCAUCCUGUAUGGGUGUGGAACAGACGUCCUCAGGUGACCUACAUGCAGAGGCGGGGCCAAAUCCAAAGCUGAACCCCAGGAGCUGUGUGAACAAAGAAGAGAAAGGGAAAUUUCUCCCAGCAGCCUCAGGAGCAGCAGAUUAAAUCUCCACAAUCAACUUGAUGUACCCUGCAUCUCUGGAAUACCUGAAGAGAAAACAGAUUAUCCCAAAAUUGAGGCAGUGGACUUUGGGAGAAACUGUAGACUUGGGGUUUGCUUUCUGUAUCUAAUUUGUUUCUGGUUUUAUGUUUAUCUUAGUUUAGAAUUUAGAGCUUCUUGUCAUUGAUUUGGUUGCUCUCUUUCCUUUUUUUAAAUAUGUAUAUAUAUUUUUUCCUUUUUCUCUUUUUGUGUGUAUGUGUACGCUUCUUUGUGUGAUUUUUGUCUGUAGAGCUUUGCUUUAGCCAUCUAUCCUAGGGUUCUGUCUGUCUUUUGUUUGUUUGUUUUUAGUAUAGGUUUUAGUGCAUUUUACCAUUGGUGGAUUUGUUUAUUGCUUUGGUUUCUCUCUUUUAUUCAUUUUUUAAUAAUUUUAAAAUUUAUUUUAAUAACUUUAUUGUAAUUUAAUUUUCUUUCUUUCUUUCUUUCUUUUUUCCCCUCCCUUUUCUUCUGAGCCAUGUGGCUGACAGCGUCUUGGUACUCCAGCUGGGUGUCAGGCCUGAGCCUGUUAGGUACAAGAGCUGAGUUCACAACAUUGGUCCACCAGAGACCUCCCAGCCCCACAUAAUGUCAAACGGUGAAAGAUCUCACAGAAAUCUCCAUCUCAACACUAAGACCCAGCUCCACUCAAUGACCAGCAAGCUACAGUGCUGGACACCCCAUACCAAACAACUAGCAAGACAGGAACACAACCACACCCAUUAGCAGAGAGGCUGCCUAAAAUCAUAAUAACUUGACAGACACCCCAAAACACACCACCAGACAUGGUCCUGCACACCAGAAAGACAAGAUAGAGCCUCAUCCACCAGAACACAGGCACCAGUCCCCUCCACCAGGAAGCCUACACAACCCACUAAACCAAACUUAGUCACUGGGGGCAGACACCAAAAACAAUGGGAACUAUGAACGUGCAGCCUGCAAAAAGGAGACCCCAAGUGCAGUAAGUUAAGCAAAAAGAGAAGACAGAGAAAUAUGCAGUAGAUGAAAGAGCAAGGUAAAAACCCACCAGACCAAACAAAUGAAGAGGAAAUAAGCAGUCUACCUGAAAAGGAAUUCACAGUAAUAAUUUAAAGUAUCAUUCACAAUAAUGAUAGUAAAGAUGCUCCAGAAUCUUGGGAAUAGAAUGGAGAAAAUACAAGAAACGUUUAACAAGGAUCUAGAAGAACUAAAGCACACACAAAAAUGAUGAACAGUAAAUGAAAUUUAAAAUUCUCUAGAAGGAGUCAGUAGCAGAAUAACUGAGGCAGAAGAACGGAUAAGUGACCUGGAAGAUAAAAUAGGGGAAAUAACUACCACAGAGCAGAAUAAAGAAAGAAGAAUGAAAAGAAUUGAGGACAGUCUUAGACACCUCUGGGACAACAUUAAAUGCACCAACAUUUGAAAUAUAGAGUUCCCAGAAGAAGAAGAGAAAAAGAAAGGGACUGAGAAAAUAUUUGAAUAGAUUACAGUUGAACUUCCCUAAUAUGGGAAAGGAAGUAGUCAAUCAACUUCAGGAAGUGCAGAGAGUCCCAUACAAUAUAAAUCCAAGGAGAAACAUGCCAAGACACAUACUAAUCAAACUAUCAAAAAUUAAAUACAAAGAAAAAAUAUUAAAAGCAGCAAGGGAAAAGCAACAAAUAACAUACAAGGGAAUCCCUAUAAGGUUAACAGCUGAUUUCUCAGCAAAAACUCGGCAAGCCAGAAGGGUGUGGCAGUACAUAUUUAGAGUGAUGAAAGGGAAAAACCUACAACCAAGAUUACCCAGCAAGGAUCUCAUUCAGAUUUGAUGGAGAAAUUAAAACCUUUACAGACAAGGAAAAGCUAAGAGAAUUCAGCACUACUAAACCAGCUUUACAACAAAAGGAACUUCUCUAGGCAGGAAACACAAGACAAGGAAAAGACCUACAGAAACAAACCCAAAACAAUUAAGAAAAUGGUAAUAGGAACAUACAUAUUGGUAAUUACCUUAAAUGUAAAUGAAUUAAAUGAUCCAACCAAAAGACAUAGACUGGCUGAAUGGAUACAAAAACAAGACCCCUAUAUAUGCUGUCUACAAGAGACCCACUUCAGACCUAGGGACACAUACAGACUGAAAGUGAGGGGAUGGAAAAAGAUAUUCCAUGCAAAUGGAAAUCAAAAGAAAGGUGAAGGAGCAAUUCUCAUGUCAGACAAAAUAGACUUUAAAAUAAAGAAUAUUAAAGGAGAUAAAGAAGGACACUAUAUAAUGAUCAAGGGAUCAAUCCAAGAAGAAGAUUUAACAAUUGUAAAUAUUUAUGCACCCAACAUAGAAGCACCUCAAUACAUAAGGCAAAUGCUAACAGCCAUAAAAGGGGAAAUUGACAGUAACACAAUAAGAGUGGGGAACCUUAACACCCCACUUUCACCAAUGGACAGAUCAUCCAAAAUGAAAAUAAGUAAGGAAACACAAGUUUUUAAUGAUACUUUAACAAGAUGGACUUAAUUGAUAUUUAUAGGACAUUCCAUGCAAAAACAACAGAAUACACUUUCUUUUCAAGUGUUCAUGGAACAUUCUCCAGGAUAGAUCAUAUCUUGGGUCACAAAUCAAGCCUUGGUAAAUUUAAGAAAAUUGAAAUCAUAUCAAGUAUCUUUUCUGACCAUAACGCUGUGAGACUAGGUAUCAAUUACAGGAAAAAGUCUGUAAAAAAUACAAACACAUGGAAGCUAAACAAUACACUACUAAAUAGCCAAGAGAUCACUGAAGAAAUCAAAGAGGAAAUCAAAAAAUACCUAGAAACAAAUGACAAUGAAAACAUGAUGACCCAAAACCUAUGGGGUGCCACAAAAGCAGUUCUAAAAGGAAAGUUUAUAGCAAUACAAUCCUACCUCAAGAAACAAGAAACAUCUCAAAUAAACAUCCUAACCUUACACCUAAAGCAAUUAGAGAAAGAACAACAAAAAGACCCCAAAGUUAGCAGAAGGAAAGAUAUCAUAAAGAUCAGUUCAGAAGUAAAUGAAAAAGAAAUGAAGGAAAGAAUAGCAAAGAUCAAUAAAACUAAAAGCUCGUUCUUUGAGAAGAUAAACAAUAUUGAUAAACCAUUAGCCAGAAUCAUCAGGAAAAAAUGUGAGAAGACUCAAAUCAACAGAAUUAGAAAAGAAAAAGAUGAAACAACUGACACUGCAGAAAUUCAAAGGAUCAUGAGAGAGUACUACAAGCAACUAUAUGCCAAUAAAACGGACAACCUGGGAGAAAUGGACAAAUUCUUAGAAAAGUACAACCUUCCAAGAAUGAACCAGGAAGAAAUAGAAAAUAUGAACAGACGAAUCUCAAGUACUGAAAUUGAAGCUGUGAUUAAAAAUCUUCCAACAAUCAAAAGCCCAGGGCCAGAUGGCUUCACAGUCGAAUUCUGUCAAACAUUUAGAGAAGAGCUAACACCUAGCCUUCUCAAACUCUUCCAAAAUAUAGCAGAGGGAAGAACUCUCCUGAACGAGGCCACCAUCACCCCGAUACCAAAAGCAGAAAAAGAUGUCACAAAAAAAGAAAACUACAGGCCAAUAUCACUGAUGAACAUAGAUGCAAAUAUCCUCAAAAAAAUACUAGCAAACAGAAUCCAACAGCUCAUUACAAGGAUCAUACACCGUGAUCAAGUGGGAUUCAUCCCAGGAAUGCAAGGAUUCUUCAAUAUAUGCAAAUCAAUCAAUGUGAUAAACCAUAUUAACAAAUUGAAGGAGAAAAAACAUAUGAUCAUCUCAAUAGAUGCAGAAAAAGCUUUUGACAAAAUUCAACACGCAUUUAUGAUAAACACCCUCCAGAAAGUAGGCAUAAAGGGAACUUACCUCAAUAUAAUAAAGGCCAUAUAUGACAAACCCAAGGCCAGCAUCGUCCUCAGUGGUGAAAAGCUGAAACCAUUUCCAGUAAGAUAAGGUUGCCCACUCUCACCACUAUUAUUCAACAUAGUUUUGGAAGUUUUAGCCACAGCAGUCAGAGAAGAAAUAGAAAUAAAAGGAAUCCAAAUUGGAAAAGAUGUAAAACUGUCACUGUUUGCAGAUGACUUGUUAUUAUAUAUAGAAAAUCCUAAAGAUGCCACCAGAAAACUACUAGAGCUAAUAAAUGAAUUUGGUAAAGUAGGAGGAUACAAAAUUAAUGCACAGAAAUCUCUUGCAUUCCUAUACGUUAAUGAAUAAAAAUCUGAAAGGGAAAUAAAGGAAACACUCCCAUAUACCAUUUCAACAAAAAGAAUAAAAUACCUAGGUAUAAACCUACCUAAGGAGGCAAAAUACCCCUGUAUGCAGAAAACUAUAAGACACUGAUGAAAGAAAUCAAAGAAGAUACAAACAGAUGGAGAGAUAUAACAUAUUCAUGGAUUGGAAUAAUCAACAUUGUGAAAAUGACUGUACUACUGAAAGCAAUCUACAGAUUCAAUGCAAUCCCUAUCAAACUACCAAUGACAUUUUUCACAGAAGCAGAACAAAAAAUUUCACAAUUUGUAUGGAAAAACAAAAGACUCCGAAUAGCAAAGCAAUCUUAAGAAAAAAAAACAGAGUUGGAGGAACCAGGCUCCCUGACUUCAGACUAUACUACAAAGUUACAGUAAUCAAGACAGUAUGGUACUGGCACAAAAACAGAAUAUAGAUCAAUGGAACAGGAUAGCAAGCCCAGAGAUAAACCUAUGCACAUAUGGUCACCUUAUCUUUGAUAAAGGAGGCAAGAGUAUACAAUGGAGAAAAGAUAUCCACUUCAGUAAGUGCUGCUGGCAAAACUGGACAGCUAUAUGUAAAAGAAUGAAAUUAGAACACUCCCUAACUCCCUACACAAAAAUAAGCUCAAAAUGGAUUAAAGACAUAAAUGUAAGGUCAGACAAUAUAAAACUUAGAGGAAAAUGUAGGCAGAACACUCUAUGACAUAAAUCACAGCAAGAUCCUUUUUGGCCCACCUCCUAGAGAAAUGGAUUUAAAAACACAAAUAAAUAAAUGGAACCUAAUGAAGCUUCAAAGCUUUUGCACAGAAAAGGAAAUCAUAAACAAGAUGAAAAGACAACCCUCAGAAUGGGAAAAAAUAUUUGCAAAUGAAGUACCUGACAAAGGAUUAAUCUCCAGAAUAUACAAGCAGUUCAUGCAGCUCGAUAUCAGAACAACAAACAACUCAAUCCAAAAAUGGCAGAAGACCUAAAUAGAAAUUUCUCCGAAGAAUAUAUACAGACUGCGAACAAACACAUGAAAGGAUGCUCACCAUCACUAAUUAUUAGAGAAAUGCAGAUCAAAACUACAAUGAGGUAUCCCCUCACACCGGUCAGAAUGGCCAUCAUCAAAAAAUCUACAAACAAUAAAUGCUGAAGAGGAUGUGGAAAAAAGGGACCCCUCUUGCACUGUUGGUGGGAAUGUAAAUUGAUACAGCCACUAUGGAGAACAGUAUGGAGUUUCCUUAAAAAACUAAAUACCGAACUACCAUACGACCCAGCAAUCCCACUACUGGGCACAUACCCUGAGAAAAUCAUAAUUCAAAAAGAGUCAUGUACCACAACGUUCAUUGCAGCACUAUUUACAUAGCCAGGACAUGGAAGCAACUAAAUGUCCAUUGACAGAUGAAUGGAUAAAGAAGGUGUGGCACAUAUAUACAAUGGAAUAUUACUCAGCCAGAAAAAGAAACGAAAUUGAGUUACUUUUAGUGAGGUGGAUGGACCUAGAGACUUUCAUAGAGUGAAGUAAGUCAAAAAGAGAUAAACAAAUACCGUAUGCUAACACAUAUAUAAGGAAUCUAAAAAACAACAACAACAAAAAAAUGGUUCUGAAGAAUCUAGGGGCAGGACAGGAGUAAAGAAGCAGACGUAGAGAAUGGGCUUGAGGAAAUGGGAGGGGGAAUGGUAAGCUGGGACGAAGUGAGAGAGUGGCAUGGACAUAUACACACUACCAAAUGUAAAAUAGAUAGCUAGUGGGAAGCCACCACAUAGCACAGGGAGAUCAGCUCUGUGCUUUGUGACGACCUAGAGGGUUGGAGUAGGGAGUGUGGGAGGGAGAAGAAAGAGGGAGGAGAUAUGGAGACAUAUGUAUAUGUAUAGCUAAUUCACUUUGUGAUACAGCAGAAACUAACACACCUUUUAAAUCAAUUAUACUCCAAUAAAGAUGUUAAAAAAAAGUCCCUUUGUGACUCCUAAGAGAUAGCGAAAUGAGUAAACAAAACAAAAAUCAUUAGUGCUCUUAGAGAUAUUGUUCAGUUGAUUAAUAUACCAUUGCAACUCUAUCAUAUACUCAGAGCAUUGUACAAGAUUGUUAAGUAUACCUUAGUACAUCUUCACUAUUUCAAAUGAUAAAAUGACAUGGACAAAGGCAAGCUGAGACUUGUCAGCCAGCAAAGUCUUUGCCCUUAGAUUCCUCUAUGUAGUAUAUACUUACACAAAACAUUAGUAGAUUCCGUCAUAUUUAUUAGAUUUUACAGAACAGCAGUUCAGGGUUAGCAGGAACCAACAAAGUAAAGCAAUGACUCUAUUAGCUAUAGGUACUCUGUGGUUUUCACGUUGGUUUUUGAAUCCAAACUUCCACAAAUACUACGAAUGCAGUCAGAUUUGUGAACUAAUAUUCCAGACACAUCUCUCAUAUUUUCCUAUGGAUUUCUUUGUGGACUAUCGGACAGACAUGUGUUUUUCUUUGGGUACUGCCAUAGAACUCCCUUAUGGGAUAGAUUUCAACCCUUAGUCAGCCUUGGGGAAAAAAAUAUUUCCUUAUAUAUGAACUUACUACAUAUGAUGUUGCAUAACUAUUUUGGGUGCACAGCCCUGUACAUUUGGAAUACUUUCUAGGGUUUGAACUUUCCUUUCAGAGAAAGUUUGUUUGAAAACAUACCAGUUUUUUUAAAGAUAGAGGCUUACAUUCUUUCAUACACAGUGCUGUCAAAAUCAGGCUCCUAAUCUAUUCUUGAUUCUAUAAAGAUCACAGUUAAAAUUCUCUCUCCUUGCCAAAUUCCUAUCUUUAAUGCUGCAUGAAUAAUCCUUUAAGGUAUCUAUAUUUAAUACAGCCAGAAGUAUUAAAUGUGAUAACUCCAGAAAGAUUAUUUGUGUAAUAUCGAGCAUGGAAAGAUUAAGUACAUUUUAGGUCUGUAAUCUUAGAAUUGCCAUGUAAUGUAAUGAAGUAAAAUUGCUUCAUGUAAAGAAGUUCAUAUGUUUGAGUUUCUGGCUCUGGAUUUUAGCAAAAUGAAGGGUUCUAUAGGUCCUUGCUGAAACUUAGAUAAAGGCAUUAUUUCUCCUCUGAGUUUUCUGGAUUUGUUCUCUCUGUGAGAGAUGUUAGAAUCCUAUAGAUAAAAUCAGAAGCUCUGGAGUCAGUUGACCUGAGUUCAAAUUUGAGCUCUGGCACUUUUUAGCCAUAAAGUUGGAUAGUAUGAUACAUCACAGAGAAUUUGUGGAUAUUAAAUAAUGAAUGUAAAUUGCAUAGCAUGAAGCUUAGCAUGUAGGUAAUGCUUAAUAUGUUAGCUAAAAUGAAUCAACAAAAAUAAAAUUUCAACUCAACACUCACUUCCAAGUGUCUCUGAAGCAAACUUAGGCUGUGGAGAAAUUUGCAAAUGAUCUGGGGAUUUUCUUUGGAUGAGAAUAUUUUGGCACCACCCAUCCUGGUAGGAAGGAACAAACAUUCACUGGCCACCUAUUGCACAUCAGAUAAUAUGUUAGAAUAUUUGCAUAGAUGAACUCAUCAAAUUCUUACCCACCCCCAGAAAACAACAACAAAAAAACCUAUGAGAGAUUCUCAUUUCAAAAUAAGGAACUAAAAAAUAAAAAUAAAUAAGGAACUAAGCUCAAAUUAUAAUAAGUUGCAGAGCUGUGAUUUAAAUCCACAUCUGUUCGACUUUCUAAUCCAAGCUCUUACUGCUUCACCAUGCUGCCUCUCAAAAAAGCAAAGCUCCCUGAAAUUCAGCCAUGUUAUAUGACUUCUGUGUGCCAUGAAGAGAGAAAAAUAAAAAUGGAAAGUGAUGAAAAUUUUUACCAUACAGAAAACUUGACAUUUCCUGUGAAAAGGCAUACAUGAAUUCAAAUGGUGGACAAGCCUAGAAAUUUUGGGGGAGGCUUUGAAACAUAAUUAGGCAUACACAAUCAGACAUAUUCUCAGACUUGCUUCUGUAGAUCUUUCUUUUUUAUUUCCACCUACACAUACAUGCAUUCACACUUGCCUGGAUUAGUUUGUGUCUAUUGACAAUCUUGGACUCAGAUGCUAUGAGGGUGGUUGGGAAUGGUAGGUGGGAAAUAACUACAUUUGCAUUUUGAAAAUAUCACACUGGCUGCAGUAUGGAGAACAGGUUAGAGAAAAGCUAGAUGAAUCUAGGGAGAUCAGUUAGGAGGCUACUGCAGUAAUCCAGGUGAAAGAUGGUGAUUCUUACAGUAGAUUAGUAAUAAUCUAGAGGGUGAAUAGUCAAUGGCUUUGAGUUAGAAUUUAAAUCAAUGGGACUUUGUGAUGGACUGGAUGUGAGUGGUUAAGUGAGAAAGGUUCAAGUAGAGCUCUUAGUUCUGUAAGGGUCACUAAAAUAGGGAAACAGAAGUAGAAUCAUAUUUUAGGGGAAAGAUCAAAACCUUGCUUUUUGUAUAUGCUGGACUUGAAUAUGCUGAGUUUGAGACUUCCAAAUGGAAAUGUAGGAUAAGAAGUUGAAAAUAAAGAAAUAAAUCUCAGAGAAUAGUCCUGGAUGAGAGAUAUAAAUAUGGGGGAGGGGAUGAUCAUAGUAUAUAUGAUGAUUAAAGCAGUGGAUGUGAUUUUUCUCAGAAAAAUACAGAGGGUGAGACUGAAAAGUUGUCUACUACCCAGACUUUUGGAAGUCCCCCAUCUGUUGGGUGGGUGGAUGAAGAUGAUCCUGCAAAAGGAUAUACAGGAAUGACCAGAGCUCAAAGAGUAAAACAGAAGUGGCUGUUGUAAGAAAGGAUUUCAAAAGGAGAGACUAACACAUAUGAUCAUAGAUGAGGACUGAAACAUAUUCAUAGAUUUUGUAACAUGGAAUGAAUUAGUGACCUUAAGAUCUCUUUUAGGAACCGAAUUGCAGAGGUUGAAGAGUGAACAGAGGUGUGAAAUUGUUAUAGUAUAGAGGAAAAAUAAAGCCUGAGUUUGGUUAGGUUUUUAGAAGCUGUGAAAAUCAGUUAGGCUUUCUCUUUUCUUUUUUCUGCCUAUUUAAGAAAAGCAAAAUGUUGCCAUUUUUAUGGUAAUUUUUUUCUUAUACCCCAACCAAAAAGAAAAAAAAAAACAAAAGAAGAUAAAAGAAAAGAAAGAGAACCAAAUUAAAGCCAAAGGGAAAUCUUCAUAAGUAUGUUAGAGGUAGUCUAAUUCUUCCACCUAGAGAUGGGGAGCUGGAAUGUGGAACAUAGAGACUAUUCCAGGCCAAUACAGAGGAAUCUUCUUAUUUGGGGAAGGAUAGGGAAGGGGCAGGAGUGUAGCUAUGAUGGGGGUGGGUACUCUAGUUGGGUAAAGCAGAAAUCCAGUUAAGCUAAAUUAUCCCAGAAAUAUCCUCAUUGAUGAGCUUGAGUUCUUGAUGUUCCCAAGUCAAUAUUAUUUUGUUUCUCUUUGUAUUUCUGAUGAGAUUUCACUUUUCUUUGGGGGCAAUAGAGACCAAUGUCUAGUUUUAAGAAUGUAGAGGAAGUGAAGUUAAGGGGAGGAAGAUCCCUGACAGCAUAAAACUUCUCUGUCAUAUCAAAGUAGGAGUAAGUGAUUUUAAGUUAAAGGCAUGUGUAAUUCCACUUGAUUAGUUUUUCAGCACCAACUUGGUAGAAAGCAUUCUAUCGGUGUUUAGGGUACUCUUCAAAAUCUAUCUGCCUAUAAGUGCUUGGUUUUUUUCUUAAGUAUUUUAUUUUUUUAUUGAAGUAUAGUUGAUUUAUACUAUUGUAUUAGUUUCAGGUAUAGAGCAUAGUAAUUCAGUUUUUUUUGCAGAUUAUAUUCCAUUAUAGGUUGUUAAAAGAUAUUGGAUAUAAUUCCCUGUACUCUACAGUAAAUCCUUGUUGCUUGCCUAUUUUAUGUAUAGUAGCUUAUAUCUGUUAACCCCAUAUUUCUAAUUUAUCCCUCCCUCCUUCCCUUUACCCUUUGGUAACCCAAAUUUGUUUUCUGUAUCUGUGAGUCUGUUUCUAUUUUGUAUAUAGAUUCAUUUGUAUUAUUUUUUAGAUUCUUCAUGUAAGUGAUAUUAUGUAGUAUUUGUCUUUGUCUGACUUAUUUCACUAAGCAUUAUACUAUCUAGGUCCAUCCAUGUUGCUACAAAUGACAAUAUUUCAUUAUAUGUAUAUAUAUCUCUCUAUCUCACAUGUUCUUAAGCCAAUCAUCUCUUGAUGGGCACUUGGGUUGCUUCCAUGUCUUGGCUAUUGUAAAUGGUGCUGCUAUGAACAUUAGGGUGCAUAUAUCUUUUCAAAUUAGAGUUUUUGUUUUUUCCAAGUAGAUACCCAGGAGUGGGAUUGCUGGAUCAUAUGGUAGUUCUAGUUUUAGUUUUCUGAGGAACGUCCAUACUCUUUUCCACAGUGGCUGCACCAAUUUACAUUCCCACCAACAGUAUAGGAAGGUUCCCUUUUUCCACGUCCUCUUCAGCAUUUAUUAUUUGUAGACGUUUUGGUGAUAGCCAUUUUGACUGGUUUGAGGUGAUACCUCAUUGUAGUUUUGAUUUACAUUUCUCUAAUAAUUAGCAAUGUUGAGCAUCUUCUCAUGUGCCUGUUAGCCGUCUGUAUGUCCUCUUUGGAGAAAUGUCUAUUUAGGUCUUCUGCCCAUGUUUUGAUUGAGUUGUUUGUCUUUUUGAUAGUGAGUUGUGUGAGCUAUUUAUAUAUUUUGAAUAUUAGCCCCUUUUUUCACAUUGUUUGCAAAUAUUUUCUCCCUUUCUGUAGGUUGUCUUUUCAUUUUGUUGCUGGUUUCCUUUGCUGUGCAGAAGGUUUUAAGUUUGAAUAGGCCCCGUUUGUUUAUUAUUGCUUUUAUUUAUUUUGCCUUGGAAGACUGAUCUAAAAAUAUUGCUAUGAUUUAUGUCAAAGGAUGUUUCACUUAUGUUCUCUUCUAGGAGUUUUAUGGUGUCAAGUCUUACAUUUAGGUCUUUAAAGUAUUUUGAGUUAUUUUUUGUAUGUGGUGUGAAGGAAUGGUCUGAUGUCAUUGUUUUGUAUGUAUCUGUCCACCUUUCCCAACACCACUUGUUGAAGAGACUGUCUUUUCUCCAUUGUAUAUUCUUACCUCCUUUGUCAUAGAUUAAUUGACCAUAGGUGUAUGGAUUUGUUUCUGGCUUUGUUCCAUUGAUCUAUGUGUCUAUUUUUGUACCAAUACCAUGCUGUUUUGAUUACUGUAGAUUUGUAGUAUAGUCUGAAGUUUGAAAGGGUUUUACCUCCAACUUUGUUCUUUUUUUCUCAGAAUUGCCGUGGCAAUUCUGGGUCAUUUGUGGUUCCAUGUACAUUUUAGGAUUAUUUGUUCUAGUUCUGUGAAAAAUGUCAUGGGUAUUUUGAUAGGUGCAUUAAAUCUGAAGAUUGCUUUGAGUAGUAUGGCCAUUUUAACAAUAUUAAUUCUUCCAAUCCAAGAGCAUGGGAUAUCUGUCCACUUCUUUGUGUAAUCUUCAGUUUCCUUCAUCCAUGUUUUAUAAUUUUCAUAGUAUAGGUAUUUUACCUCCUUGGUUAAGUUUAUUCCUAGGUAUUUUAUUCUUUUUGAUGCGAUUUUAAAUGGGAUUGUUUUUUUACUUUCUCUUUCUGAUAUUUCACUAUUAGUGUAUAGAGAUAUAGCAGACUUCUGUAUAUUAAUCUUGUAUCCUGCUACCUUGCUGAAAUCAUUGAUCAGUUCUAAUAGUUUUGUGUGGAGACGUUAGAGUUCUCUAUACAAAGUAUUAAGUCAUCUAAAAAUAGUGAGUUUUACAGGGAGGGGAUAUGGGGAUAUAUGUAUACAUAUAGCCAAUUCACUUUGUUGUACAGCAGAAACUAACACACCAUUGUAAAGCAAUUAUACUCCAAUAAAGAUGUGAAAAAAAAUAGUAAGUUUUACCUGUUCCCUUCUGAUGUGAAUAUAUUUUAUUUUAUUUUUCUUAUCUGAUUGCUGGGGCUGGGACUUUCAAUACUAUGUUAAGUAAAAGCAGUGAGAGUAGGCAUCCUUGUCUUGUUCCUGAAUUUAGUGGCAAGGCUUUCAGCUUUUCACUGUUGAGUAUUAUGUUGGCUGUGGGUUUAUUGUAAAUGGACUUUAUUAUGUUGAGAUGUGUUCCCUCUAUACCCACUUUGAUAAGCGUUUUGUUUUUUUGCGGUACGCGGGCCUCUCACUGUUGUGGCCUCUCCUGUUGCGGAGCACAGGCUCCGGACUCACAGGUUCAGCGGCCAUGGCUCAUGGGCCCAGCUGCUCCACGGCAUGUGGGAUCUUCCCGGACCGGGGCACGAACCCGCGUCCCCUGCAUCAGCAGGUGGACUCUCAACCACUGCGCCACCAGGGAAGCCCUGAUAAGCGUUUUUAUUAUGAAUGGAUGUUGAAUAUUGUCAAAUGCUUUUCUGUGUCUAUUGAGAUGA